AUAAUGCAGCCGGACAUUGCACCGGGCAUCACCUUUAAUUAACAGAGAUUCCUGUUAGCCCCGUGACGAUCACACUGAGCAAUAAUGCAUGAAGAAAUCUUCAAUCAGCCACGCCUAUAAAUAACUUCAUUAUUGCAAGUUAAGCAUGAAACAGAAAUGGACAUCACCCCAUACCAGAUGAUAUCGAACCUGCAACCUGGAAGAAAGAAUGAUUGGAGGCUGAAAAUCCGGGUCACAAGAAUGUGGAGACCUUCCAAUCAAGAAGGUGAAACGGUGGGAAUAAACUUGAUCUUUGUCGACGAAUUGGGAGAACGCAUUCACGCCUGGAUCCAGAGAGCAUACAUUCCGCUUUUGGAGAAUCAGCUUACAGAAGGAGAAAUCUACGUUAUACAAAAUUUCGUUGUAAGACAGUACACUGCAAGCACAGUGUGUAGGUGCUUCAGGAAUGAUCUAUGGAUUCACUUGAAUAACAUUACAGAGGUACUGCCACCUGAAGGAGCUGUGUUUAUUGCACCACAUGUCUUUCAGUUCACUGAAUUGUCCGAUAUUUUUGAUGCGGCACGCCAAACAGAAUAUCUGAUCGACGUUGUUGGGAUAUGUCAGCUAAUCCAACCAGUUUCAACCUUUACAAACCAGUACAAUGAGCAACGUACAAAAAUUCACUUCAGAAUCACAGAUACACACACAUCAACACCGGUCGUUUUCUACGAUGAGCUAGCAACCGCCUUUCAUCAUGCUGUUGUGGAUGCAGUAGAGCAGCCAGCCAUUGUUAUCAUAUCGAGCUGUAAAGCUCAGUGCCUGACAGUUCGCUACACUUACGUUUCAGAUGAACCAAAGUUGACUAAUUACCCUGCAACAAGAUUCUUCAUAAAUGAAGAUCAGGAGGCAGUUCAUAAUCUCAGGCAAAAAAUGAGCAUUGUAGGAUGGCGUGACAAUUACUGAGAAUGGGGAAGAGUCAGGAGCCUGGUGAAUGCUGAUUUUUUGCAAUGGAUUUAAAUAUGACCUUGCUUUUCAUAUAAAUCAAGUUGAAGUUGUUAUUAGUUUGUAUUUGUGGAAUCUGUUAAACACAUCUCUUUUAUAUUUAA